UGUAGGAUUUAAUUAUUAGUAGCAUUUCUAAUUAUUGUAAAACAUUUCUGAAAGAGUGAAAGAAUUCUGAACGCAUGCUGUGUGAAAGGAACGGAUGUAGCUCUAUCUCUCGCUCUCGCACGACGCCGCCAUUAUGAGUAAGAUGUGUUUAAUGUGCUCUAUAAGGAAUUAAAUAAAAAGUAUAGUUAAACCCAAGAAGUAGUGAUUUCAUUUAGACCCACACCUACAAAUUCUCGUUCGGGAUACUCAGGAAUAUCAGGGUCUAAAUGAUUUAACGUAUCUACACAUAUUUUACGAAGCUGUCGCGUGGUGUGAACAACGCCGCGGCCGCCAUACUUAACCUGCGCCGACGCCACGCCGCCGGUUAUCUUUUUCAAAGACGAAAGACGCAUUUAUACGACGAUAUACGACGAUUCUACACGAUGGCGGAGAGCAAAAACAACGAUAGCAAGAAUCUAAUUUACACGAUGGACGCUGUACCAAAGUUCACGGGUGAUGACAUCACGUACUCUUCUGCGAAGUGGACACAAGAUCUCGACGAUAAUGCCGAUAUAUUUGGGUGGAGCCAGCAGCAGAAACUCAUUAUAGCGCGACGAUGUUUAGCUGGAACAGCAGAAUUAUGGCUAAAAACCGAAAAAACUUUCAGAAGUUACGAAGAACUAAAAGUGGCUUUGAUGAAGGAAUUCCCAGAGGUGAUAAACAGUAAACAAAUGCAUGAGACAAUGAGCAGACGGACAAAACAACCCAACGAGUCGUUUUAUCAAUAUAUGCUCGUAACGAAAGAACUCGGAAAAAGAGCUAAGUUUCCGGAUUACGUCGCGAUUCAGUCUAUAAUCGACGGAAUAUCUGACUAUGAAUCUAACAAGUUGUUAUUUUACGGGGUAACGUCGUAUUCUGUGCUCAAGGAGAAAUUAGUAUUAUAUGAAAGUGUAGUGUGUAAGUUAGUAGUAAGUGAGUCAGAAAUAUAUUAUAUACGCACUUGCACCGUAAUAUCCGUUCGAUAUAAACGAAAUAAAAUGGGAAAAUCAUACUCAAAACAAGAAGAAAAAGAAGUCAUUAUAACACAAAACGCGGCUGCUGGAGAAAAUAGCGCAACAGCAAUCAGGGAAGAUCAUAUACACACAAAUAACAUCCUAUUAGGCACCCUAGUAACCAUCGGGCUGGAUGAAGACGGAACCUGUGCCAAGGCAGGUUCAUCGAUGUUCAAUUGUGGUGAAAUAGGGCACCUAUCUAGUUCCUGCCGCAAAGGUAUCAAAUGCUUCAAGUGCAAAGGGUUUGGGCACAAGGGUACGGAGUGCCGCGCAUCACAUGGUAUGGAAGCUAAAAAAGCAUCAAAUAAUUAUUAUGGAGGAGGUGAUAAACAAGAUCGGCGAUCAAUGUUUGUUCAACAGCAGGAGGACGACGAGAUGAACGAGAACGAACUAUACAAACGUGAGCAAUGUGAUUUAAAUGAACAAGUGAGUGAAAUGUCAAAUUUUGGUUGUCAACAACUAAUUCAUAUUGUUUCGUCAAAUUUAUUGAAUGUAAACAAACGUGAUUCUCUAAACAUUAGUGUAAAAUCAGUAAAAGUAGGUAAUUAUGUGACUAAUUGUUUAAUUGACACAGGUAGCGACUUAAAUUUAAUAACUUUUGAUUUGUUUACAAAACUAAAAUGCGAGUACAUACCAGAAAAAAUGUUGCUUACUGGGUUAGGAAGUUCUAAAGUAUUUUCGAUUGGUAAGUUCGACACAGAUUUAACUAUUGACAGUCACAGAUAUAGUAUUAAUUUGUAUAUUGUACCUACAGGUGGGAUACCAUAUGAUGUAAUAUACUGGGUCAACAAUUUUUAGUAAAUACUAUCACAGUUAUUGACAAGGGUUUAGUUGAGGUCAGGCCUUCUUGUUAUGACAUUUCGUAUCAAAAUGCUAUCUGUCUAU